GCCGCGGUCAUCUCAGCCCUCACUCCCGGACUCUGGCCUCCGGUGGGCGAGGGUCGCGAAGCCUGAGAAGCUGAGGGGCGAGUGGCCGGGCCCGGCACCCGGCUAGCGCGACCGCCCGGACCAGAACUGGCCAGCUCGGCGGAGGCUCGAGCCCGUAGCGCGAACACCAAGACCUUGGCGGGGACCCGAGUGGCCGGUCCAUCAGUGGGGGCAGCGGCGGGCAGCGGGGCACCAGGUGGGUGCGGCGUUGCUGCGGGUCGGUGAAUCUCCAGAGGCUCAGGCCAGGCCCGGAGAGGGACGUCCCCCUCGAACGCGUUCCCCAGGCCUAGACCCGCCGCUCGGGAGGUGAAGGCCUGGCGAGGGGACCGGCGGUGGCCACGGGGACGGACCUUGGAGAGCUCCAGGAAGGGCGGGAAGUCGUAGCCCUGAGAACCGGGUGCACGGGGCCUGCGUACAGCCAGCGCCCGGCGAGCACACAGGUCCACCAUCAGCUUCUGGACAGUUUUCCAAGAGCAGUGGAAAAUGAACAAAUUGAAGGGACCAGUGUCUUUCAAUGAUGUGGCUGUGGACUUCACCCAGGAGGAGUGGCAACAGCUGGAUGCUGAUGAGAAGACAAUGUACAGGGAUGUGAUGCUGGAGAAUUACAGCCACCUCAUCUUCCUGGGGUAUGACUUUACCAAACCAAACAUGAUCAUUAAAUUGGAGCAGGGUGAAGAACCAUGGAUGAUAGAAAAUGACUUUCCCUCUCAAAAUCACCCAGAAGAUAUCUGGGAAGUUGAGGACCUGGUAGAAGGAAUCCAAGAAAAAAAAGACCAACAUUCAAGGCACACUGUUGCUGUCAACAACCAAAUGUACGGUAUAGAAGCACACAUUGUUUCUUCAAGCACAGCAGCUCACAACUGUGUCUCCUGGGGGAAGAAUUCCGAAACUAUUUCAGGAUUAAUUAGCAGUGAUGGAAGCUAUACAAAAAAGAAACUGGAUGAGUGUCUUGAAUGUGGGAAAAUAUGUCAUGAAGAGAAACCCUGUGAGUUUAAUGAGAAUGGAGAUACCUGUCCUCAAAGUGAAGAAAGUAGUUUGCAGAAAGUUAACAUUUUGAAGAGACCUUUGAAGUAUGAGUGUGUGCAAGCUUUAGACACUGAAGCUGUACUCAUUGCUCAUGACAGAGCUUAUAUGGAAGAAAAGCCCUAUGAAUGGAACCAUUCCAGACCAGACUUUAUCCAGAUGUCAAAUUUUAAUGCAUAUCAGAGAUCACAAAUGGAAAUGAAACCCUUUCAAUGCACAGAAUGUGGAAAGUCCUUCUGUAAAAAGUCAAAAUUCAUCAUACACCAGAGGGCUCACACAGGAGAAAAACCCUAUGAAUGCAAUGUGUGUGGGAAGUCCUUUAGUCAAAAGGGAACCCUCACUGUACACCGGAGAUCACACUUAGAAGAGAAGCCCUAUAAAUGUAACGAAUGUGGGAAAACCUUCUGUCAGAAGUUACACCUCACACAACAUUUGAGAACUCAUUCAGGAGAGAAACCUUAUGAAUGUAACGAGUGUGGGAAAACCUUCUGCCAAAAAACACACCUCACCCUACACCAGAGAAAUCAUUCAGGAGAAAGACCCUACCCAUGUAACGAAUGUGGGAAGUCCUUUUCCCGAAAGUCAGCCCUCAGUGACCAUCAGAGAACGCACACGGGAGAGAAGCUUUAUAAGUGUACUGAGUGUGGGAAAUCCUACUACCGCAAGUCUACACUGAUUACACAUCAGAGAACACACACAGGAGAGAAGCCCUAUCAGUGUAGCGAGUGUGGGAAGUUCUUUUCCCGGGUGUCAUACCUCACUAUACAUUAUAGGAGUCAUUUAGAAGAGAAACCGUAUGAGUGUACUGAAUGUGGCAAAACCUUUAAUCUAAAUUCAGCCUUCAUCAGGCAUCGGAAAGUACACACAGAAGAGAAACUCGGCGAAUGCAAUGAAUGUAGGAAAUUCUCUCAUUUGCCCUAUAUUCCUGACCAUCAUCCAGCCAAUUUAGGAGAGAAACCUUAUGAAUGUAAUGAGUGUGGGGAAACCUUACUUGAAAAUUCAGCUUUCAGUGAGCACCAGUCACUUCCAGAAGAGGAGAAAAACUAUGAAUGUAAUAUAUGUGGAAAAUCAUUCUCUGAAUUGUCGUGCUACACUGUUCAUUACAGAGGUCAUUCGGAAGAGAAACCCUUUGGAUGUAACGAAUGUGGGAAAACCUUCUCCCAUAAUUCAUCCCUGUUUAGACAUCAGCGAGUGCACACAAGUGAAAAGCCGUAUGAGUGUUAUGAAUGUGGGAAAUUCUUCUCUCAGAAGUCCUAUCUCACUAUUCAUCAUCGAAUUCAUUCAGGUGAGAAACCCUAUGAAUGCAGUAAGUGUGGGAAAGUCUUUUCCCGGAUGUCAAACCUCACUGUGCACUAUAGAAGCCAUUCAGGAGAGAAGCCCUAUGAAUGUAAUGAAUGUGGAAAGGUCUUUUCUCAGAAGUCAUACCUCACUGUGCACUACAGAACUCAUUCGGGAGAGAAGCCUUACGAAUGUACUGAAUGUGGGAAAAAGUUCCAUCACCCAUCAGCCUUCACUAGCCAUCAGAGAAUUCAUAAAAGAGAGAAUCUGAAUGUACUCAAUGUGGUAAAUUGAGACUGAAAUCAAUAUAAAAAAAAUCAUUUGACUAUUACAAAUAGGGAAAAUUCCACCAGUGAGUCAAGAAAAUGUUUCUUGUUUUGCUUUUCUGGUGCCAAACCCAUACCUUGAGCAUGCUAGGCAAGCAUUCUACCACUGAAUUUCAUCCCCAGCCUUCUGAUCAAACAGUCAUCUGAGCAUUGUGCUCCUAGAUGGGGAGACGCAUUGACGAAUAAGAUCCAAUUUAACCUGAAUUUUCUGAGAAGAAUUCCUAAGAAGCAAAGCCUUCAGCAAGACCAUGUGACUCACAGGACACUAGAUAAUUUAUACAGGAACGAAUUUUAUAAAUAUUUAAUAUUUAUUUUGGAUUCAAAUUGUAUUGACAUAUCAGGGAAUCAUACUAAGAAAAAUCUGUCAACAUGACAAAUGUGGAAAACAUCUUGGAAAUUACUAUGCUUAAAGCCAUAUUUCCAGUAUAAACAGGUUUAUUUAUAGGAAAGACAUAAGAAGCUAUCAGUUUUGAAUAAACAUUGUGUGAAGUUUUAAAAUCAUCAGGAGUUGGUUGUGAGGACUGCACUUAGGUGUGUGACAUUUCCUAUUGUAUUUAAAAUAUGCAAUCUAAUGCUAUGCAAUUUUAUCAAGUUUGGGUUUGAAUAACUCAUGAAUAGACAGUAUUCUUACAUUUGUAUCAGAGUGGCAGAAUGCCAGCAGAUGUAUUAUUGGUGGGAUGUACUACAUAUAAAAUAGUAGAUAUAUCUACUGGGGAAAUCUUACAAGUGGAUUUUUAUGAAGGCCUCUUCAGUGGAGGAAGGAUUGAUUUUUGUUCUUAUCAUCUGAACUUGAGCAAAAAUUAUUUUUAAAAAUGGUAUUUUGACAAACUACAUGGAUAAUCUGAAAUUGUUUUUAAGUGUAUGAUGGUGAAAAAGAAGUUGCACAAUUCAUAGUCCAAAGUACCCCACCUAUUGUGCACUCCUGUUUUCUGAUCCACAAAUAUGUCUAGAGCACCUGUACUAUCUAAUUUAGAAGCUUUAUCUGAAUUUUUAUGUCAUUUAAUGUGUCAUUUUGUCUUUUGCCCUUUAUUCUCACUGCUUUGGAAUGAAUUAGUAUGUUUCUAGCA